AUGAUGUCCGCUUUCUUGUUGCUGGCGCUGUUUUCGGAUUGCCUGCUUACUGUGGUGGCAAUGCCGCUGGAAGGCUCCACCCAAUGCCCCUGCGUCAACCACACGGACUCCAGUUACGGCCGGGGUUGUAGGGCCCACGAUAUAAAUGGCUCUCACUACCCUCAGUGCCUGUCUGCGGAGCCUCCGAAAUGGUGUGAUGACCACUGGUGCUAUGUCGACAGGAGCAACUGCGAUGUUACAAAUGAGAUUAGUGCUUCAGAAGGCGCUGAGAAGUACUGGAGCUAUACCACUUGCGGCUAUCGAGACUUGUUUUCCUUGGCAAACAUCACCGAGAGCAUCCGCGGCCAGACGCUUCGUGUCCUCUUCAUCAGCAACACUGGAGGUUGGAAAGGCAACUACUGCAGCGAGCUGGGUCAGAUUUGCGUCAACCAGCGCGGCCGGGGGCCGACCCAACGAAUAAUUGACACCCUCACGAACUCUGCGGGCUUCCGCAUCGAGCAGCAGCAAGAUGUGGGCAGUUCUCAAAAUUUCGGUGUCUCAGGCAGUCUUGGAGCAGAUGGCCAGGGCAUGGGUUUCGUCGACAUUUGCGGCUGCUCCAUGGUGAUGUUGCCCAGGCGUACGGACGCCAGCCCCUUCAUCACCAUGUGGUCAGAGCCUGUCAUAAUGGUGGGACCUACGCGGUUGGAACAGCCUAGCGAUGACUUUGUGUCCAUGCUGGGCAGGGCCUUCAGGCCGUUCAGCCCAUCUCUUUGGGGGACGGUUCUUGUGAUGGCCCUGUCCAUUUCCUUCCUGAUCACGCUGCUGGAGAAGGGCGAGGGCGGUCAGUUUCAAGAACUUGAGCGUGUGGAUACAUUUGGUGCGGGGCUCUUCACGGCUUUCUUCAGCCUGGUUACCUUCGAGGUGCAGUUCCAGCCGCAGACAGUUGGAGGGCGCAUUCUCACUCUUGGUCUGUCCUUCAUGUUGGUCCUGCUGGUCUCUGGCUAUACAGCCACUCUGGCAUCCUUUCUGGUCGUGGAGAAGCGUCUGACGUCACCCAUUGACAGCCUUGAUGAUGCAAUCCGGCUGAGCUACAAGGUGGGAACUGGGUUCAGGUCUCCGCCAAACCUGAAACCCUAA